AAGAAAAAAGAGUACAAACACAAUAGAAAAUGGUGAAAUCAGCAUUGAUAUUCAUUGGUAUUCUACUCUUUUCAACAUGUACAGCAAUUCUGGCACGAACCGGUUAUCAACCUUGCACGAAGGACUCUGAUUGUGCUAGACUCAAAUGUCCAUCUCCACUAGGACACCCCACGUGCGUGCAUGGUGGUUGUGAAUGCCCCUUGGAAGAACACGUGACAGUGACACUACCCGAAGAUACCAAUUGUGGUGUGGCAGCUUGCAAUUGACUAUUGCGCAGCUAGAGGCGAAAAAGCUUAUGCUUGUCUUCUGAACCAUUGUUACUGUUGCAAACCUCCCAUGUAGUUUGAAAAAAUAAUUUCCAUUCUAUUUAUAAUAAAAUCAAGUUCUUUCAACUAUCG